AUGGUUGCCAUAUUACCACAGCCGGCAGAGUCCUCUUUCGAAGAGAAGAUGGCAGCUCUACAAAGCACCCCGCUCUUUAUGAAAUCUCUGCCCUCAGAAGAAUCCGACGACCCUGUGAUUCAAGCGUUACAGAGUCUCGCCUUCGAAGGGACGCCAGAUGAACGCUUCUCUAAGAGAUCGCUCAAAAUUUCAAAGAGCAAGGAAACGACUACUUCAAGGGAAAACGCUAUCGAGAAGCGAAUCAGCUUCUACACGCAAGGUAUUGAUGCCAAGCCAUCUGAUCUCGUACUGCACGAGGCUCUCUUAUGCAACCGUGCCGCGUGCAACCUCGAGUUAAAGAACUAUGGCUCCGUCCUCCGAGACUGCUCGAAGGCCCUCACCCUGAAUAUCAAGUCCUCAAAAGCAUAUUACCGCUCGGCUGUGGCGUUAUUAGCCCUGGACCGCUUUGAGGAGUCCCUCGAUUGCUGUGAGAGGUGUUUGGAGUACGACCCAGAAAACCAGGGGGUCAGGUCAGUCCGCGAUCGUUCCGCCGCAGUGAAGGCAGAGAAGGGCCGCAAAGAGAGCGAAAAGCAGGAACGAAUGCAAACCGAACAGAGAGAGAAGAAACUCUUGCAGGUGGCGUUCAAGGAACGAAAUUUGUUUGCCGUCUACAACCCGAAAGGGUCAUCAGAAAACCCGUGUGAGCCCCACUUUGACCCAGAAGAUCCCGAACGAACGACGUUGGUAAUCCCCGUGUUCUUCCUAUACCCGCAGUACGCGACCUCGGACGUCAUAGCACAAUUUGUCGAAGAUACCACCUUUUAUGCACACAUAUCUCAAAUGUUUCCGCCGCAGGCACCUGCACCUGUGUGGGAUAAAGCUGGGCAAUACGCCGCGAACACUCUCGUGGUUUACGCAAUGACAAGAAGAAAGCGGCUCCUUAAAGUUGGCAAGAAGAUGUCAUUGAUGGAUGUUUGUAAUGCCUCGAAGGCCAAAGAAGGGGAACCUGAUGAUGGGUUAGAGCUGAAAGAUGGGUGUUUGACGUUCGUUGUUGUUCCAAAGGGAGAAGUAGAGCAAAAUUGGGGGUGUUUCCAAUUCGAGAAGCAGCACGUGCAUACGAAUGUGUUGGUCACUGUUUGGCGCAAUAGCCAGACACCAUACGGUAAGACUCAUUGCAAAAAAGACAUCGACGAAGGCGUCAAGCUCGGUGAGUACGAAUUGCUGCUUGUUGUGGUGCUCAAUGGUGCAGGAUCCAUGUCUGUCAACCACAAGAUUCUCCGUUCUGCAAAUGCACCAACCAACUCCCCUGAUGAGACCGAGGUUUCCGUCGCUCAGGCUCUGAUCGACCUCGAGAACAAUGUCCCUGAACUCAAGACUGAGCUCCGCGCUUUGCAGAUCUCUGCCGCCCGUGAAGUUGAUGUACGAGGUGGAAAGAAGGCUAUCGUCGUGUUCGUUCCCGUUCCCCAAUUGAAGGCGUUCCACAAGGUGCAGCAGAGGCUCACCCGUGAACUGGAGAAGAAAUUCUCUGACCGCCACGUUGUUUUCGUUGCUCAGCGUCGCAUGCUGAGCAAGCCUACCCGUAACUCACGGGUGAAGCAAAAGAGACCCCGCUCUCGUACGCUCACCAACGUACACGAGAAAAUCCUGGAGGAUCUUGUCUUCCCGACAGAGAUAGUUGGCAAGAGGACUCGUGUUGCUGUUGAUGGAUCGAAACUUUUGAAAGUUAUCCUUGACCCUAAAGACGCGACAUCGCUUGAGUACAAGCUGGAUUCGUUCUCUUCAGUAUACCGCCGUUUGACAGGGAAGGAUGUGACGUUUGAAUUCCCCCCCGCCAACCAAGAGUAG